GGAAGCGGAAAGCAAAAAAAAUAAACCAUGAAGCAUUAUAUUAUUUGUAUGUUUAUCUUUAUACAAUGUAUAUUUACAACAAGUUUGGGUUCGUCUGUUGAUUUAAAACUGUUUUCCAGUUCUCCAGUCGGUCCUUACCGAAUAGUAUUCAAACAGGUUUAUAAUUGCAACCCUACGCAGAAUACUAAAAUGCAGUUUAACAUGUCUCUAAGUCACAAGGAUAAUAGCACAAUGCUUGUUUCAAAUACAUCCAGUACUAUACAAUUUGACGAUAAUUUAUUCGUGGAAAUUAAAAUGGCUCUCAAAGAUUCAUUUGGCAUUUGGAAAGAAAAUGUAUACGUGCAUAAAUUACCAAACGCAUGCUCAACGGUAAAACAAUUAUUGGGAAAAGCAUGGCCUGAAAUGAUUCAUGGUUUUGGCUAUCCAAGUGUCAAUUGUCCUAUACCACUGGGUGUUUAUACAUCCCCGGGUAUGAAUCUGCAGUCAAUUUGUGAAAACGGCAAUUUUCCAAAAAUGUUUAUUUAUGGAUCGUACAAAUUUCAUAUUUUAUAUACACGAAAAAAUGAAAUUGUUGGCUGCCAAGGUUUUAUUUUUGAUAUGAAGCGUCCUUGA